AUGACAUUCAACUUGGAGACAAGGACGGAAGAAGAAGAAAGGGCAAGUGUCAGUGAAAACACCUCUCAUUCUACAGGAUCAAAAAGGAAGAAUGAACAAGGAAAGAAAGAAGCAUCCAAGAAGAAGCAAAAGACAAAUUCCGAUCAGCCUCCUAGUGCUUCUUCUAGGCAUGAGAAGGAAAAUCAAGGCAAAGAUCAAAGGAUAGAUGAAGGCAUGGUCCACAAAGUGGAUGAAUCGAUAGAGUCUACAAUACAAAAUGACAAGAAUGAUAGGCAAGAUAAAGGAAAAAUGCCACAAGAAUCAUCAAAUCCAGCCCUUCAUAUCCAGAUUUGUGAUGAUGAGGAACAAGGAGACAAUAAUGAAGAAACUUCCCCUCCCAGGAAUGAACUAUUGCUCAAAGAAGUGCAAGUAAGAGAAGGAAGAUCUUCUAUCCCCGAAUGGCUUAAAGAGAGGCUUACCAAAGAAGUGAUAGAGGAAGAAGAAGAAAAAGCAUUUGAUUUAGAAAGUCUUCUAAACGAACAUCAAGAAGUCAUUGAGAGAAGGAAAGCUCCAAAGAUGUUGAAAAUAAUAAGAGAUGAUGCAGGCUCCAAAAAGAUAGAGAUUGCCACUCCAGCGGUAGAUAAAUAUGAAGAUGAGAUUACGGCAGAAGAAUAUGAUUUGGAGACAUUUGACUUAGGUCCACUCACUUCUGAGCAAGCCAUGGAGGAAGCAACUGACUCAGUAAAGGCGGUCAAUGAGAAGCUAAAGGCCGAAAUAGAGCGAAAUAUUCAAGUAUGCCUAAUUUUGAAUGCCAAUUUCGUUUCCAACAUUCAAGGUGGAGUAAGCAAUGACGUUUUUUGCCUUGAAGGCAAUUGGAAGUUGACUCGAUCAAUGGUUUGUACCAAGAACUAA